GAUUAUGGAAGCGGGAUCUGGCAACCCGUUUGUGUUAAAGCCUUCUAGUUCCUGGUCGCCUUUAAACAACAUGGCGGUUGAGCCCUGGAAUAAAGUAAACAUUCUGUGUCCAGGUGCUGCUGCGGCUUGUCGAGUCACCUUUAACACCAGAACAGCCUCUGUAACGGAAGCUGUGCUGGAGCAGUGUGAGCGCGUGCUGAAGCUCCUGGACAGCCACGUGCUGCACACAGAGACGCGCGUGCUCCGUGAGAUCCUGUAUGUAAUGCAUAACAGCUUCAGACAACACAAACCUUUCCGGGCAAUCAAACAGGUUCAGCAAUGUAUAACCCGAUUAAAGGAAAUGAAACUGCAGGGAGCCUUGCAAGAUCUGCAGGAGCUUUGUCCAAACCAAAUCCAGAGGAAUGUUGGAGUUGAUGCGGGAUAUUGUGAUGUCCCCAGUCAGCCCAUGCUGGAAUGGUUUUGUCUCAAACUGUUGGGAGCCUCCAGACUUAUGUGCAGAACCAUGGACCAGUGCACCAAAGCCUUCUCAUUGGUAAGGCAGCAUCUUCAUUUGUCUGAGUUCCUUGUGCUGAACCUGGUGCUGGUAAGCAUGCUCAGUCGAUUCUGGGUAUUUUUCAGAGGCAUCUUGAGAACUCUGGUGCCCAUGUAUCAAUCCCUCAUGGAUCUGCUCCACCUGGUAGAACAAUGUCGACCCAUGACCUUUCUCACUGACUUCACCUUGCCCAGAGACCUGGGAGUGUUUCUGGGUCCUCCUUACUCUGACCUGCUGAAGGAGAGUAGUAUAGCCGAGCCCUUUGGGAUGAAGAAAACCCCCAAACCCUCUCUUCUCGACAGGAUGUUUGAGGAGGGAAGUGACAACCAGGUGGAAAAGGGGGAUGAAGAAGAGAGGCAGAUGAUGCAGCUGCUAGCCAGUGAGAUGACGACACCUAAUAUGGAUCUGGGAAGGUCUAUUUUACGUCACGGUCCUCCUGUGUCUCAAUCUACCUCAAAUUUGGACAUAAAGAUGAUGCUGCUGCAGCAAUCCUCCAAACAGUGUACAGCUGAAGUCUUCAUUAAGACGGCAUCUCCUGGACAACCGAGCACUUCCAGCCUAGCUGAACUCGAGCAGAAGAAGAUGUUCUUGCAAAAGCUGAAGACCGCAUCCUCCAUUACGGACAUGGCUGCACAUGUUGAAGAGAUGAUGGGCUGGUGUAGGAGGAGCAAGCUGCAUGAAGAACGAUGCUAUCUUGCCUUCACACUCCUCAGGUGCCAAAGGAUAAAGGCUUUGGAGAGUGAGGGAAACAGUGUGCAGAAGAAACUGAGGAGGCUUAGGGUUGAGAUUGGCCGUGUUAUGAUUAAAGGCAAGACCUUGUCCUUGGCAAGACAUUCCCUUUUUCUUCAGCAGAGGACAAAAUGCCACUUCAGAACACGGUUUAAUUCGCUUUUCGGACUUUAUGGAAGCGUCAGAAACCGAACUGGAAAGGUCCGAAUGCGCUCUCAAAUAGCCAAAGACCUAUUUAAUGUGAAAUCUACACAUAAAUGCAGAAAGAACACAAAAGUUCCACCUUUACACAAAGAUAUGACGUCAGGAAGCGAUGUUGUUUUUAAUCAAGAAGAAAGCAAAAUGGAAACAGAGACUAGUUCACUGAAAUCCAGCACUAUGAACAAUGAUGAGAUUGAUGAUAUUUUUGCAUCGUUUGGUUUAUAGUGUUGUUGAUAUGGAGAUGUACAUUCAAACCAAAAGUACUGAAACGUUUUGGAGUAUAUUUGUGUUUGGUCAUUUUUUUUUGUCUGUUUGUUUUGUGAAAGAUCAUAAUUUAAGGGCCUCCAAGAAGUAUUAUCUUACAUCUUCUCUAAAGAGAGCUAUAAUUCAUAAUUUAGAAAAGUUUGUAACCAAAAAGUUCGUAAGAUAAUCGGUUUUGAACAAAUCAUGAGUAGCCAUUUUACAUUAGAACAAAGUUUUUUGUUGUUUUUUUUUUGGGGGGGGGGUUCUUCUUCUUCUUUUUCAUUUCUUUUUUCUUCUCCUACACAUUUUAUCCAGUCAAUAAAUUUGGACCACAGCAUUGUUAAACCAGCCUUUGCAUUACUUACCUCUCAGAUUUUUGCUAUGCAGAACAUCACCUAUCAGCACCUUUAGGCAUGUCUCACAGACCUGAAAUAAUCAAAUUUUAAUAAACCAACUUCAAGUUAAUUCACAAUAUAGAAUGGUGACUGAGAACAGGAAGGGCAUCUAGUCCUGCAUCGCUUAAAGUAAAAAGUGCUUUCACCCCUUAAUUGCUUCUUCCAUUUAUAUUGUUAUUAUUAUACAGGAAACACUGGGGGAGAAAGAUUCCAGUAUAGAUUUUUGAUCUCAGCCCAUUGCCGAUCCCUUAAAAUAAAUGUACAGCAAAUAAAAAUAUCAUUUAGUUCUUAGUACAUUUUCUAAAUGGAGCAGUUUGAAUCUUAAAUGACAAAAACGUCUUCUUAAAUAGUUUGUCAGAUGGGAAAAUAUUUCGUGCUAAAACGUGCUAAAAAAAAAAAAUAAACAUCUGAAGUAAUUUCUUUCAAAAUGUUUGUCGUAGAGAUAUGUAUAAUAUUAUAUAGUAUAAAUACUGUAGACCAAAUAAGAUGUUUAGCUGUGCAGAGGUUAAAACUGUUAAUGACUGACAAGCCACUAUACCUCAACUGGAGUGAUAAUUCGGUCACAUUUGUAAAGCCUUGGAAAGCUCUUGCUCUGUGAAAAGCAUCUAUAAAUGGAAAGAUAAUCCAAAGAGGCCAAAGGAGAAAACAAAUCACUGGCCAGAGGGGGUGGUGUUGGCAAGUCAGGUCCAUUGAAGACUGAUUCUUUUCAGUAAAUAAUGCGUCUUUUAAGAAGAUUCAGUUUUGCAAAAGGUGCAAAAAGGUAUAUCAAGAGCAAAGAGGCAAGAAACCCACCAAAAUCCUUGUAGGAUUGUUUAAUUACGAUUCUUUCCUCAGAUUUAUCAAAUGUGCCUUCCUGUUAUUUCUAGAGUAGAUAAAAGUGUUGUGUUGGUGUCCAGACAAGAGGUACUGAGGAGCCUGGCAUACACACUGUUCUUUUUGUUCAUGAUCAGUUCUUUUGGCUUGCUUUCACAAGAGAGUCCAGCAUCCUCUGUUCAAAUUUAUAUUGGAAAGUACCUUGAAAAUUCAUUUUCUUUCAAAACUCAUGCACAGGUCUGUCUUCUGUUAGUCUCUUAAAUAAUGCCACAAAUCUCAUCGUCUCAUCAUGAAUGCGUUCCUUGUAACCCCGGCAUAUGUCAGUAAUAUAUAAUCAUGUAGAUCUGAGAU